AUGUCUGAAUCCAAUAACUGCUGUGCAGCAAGAGACUUAGAUGCAAAUGCAGCCAAAUCACAUAUGGACGAGUCCUUAAAGCCCACAGAACCACUUAUUCAGCAGGUGAUAGAUACUCCUAGUGGCGAUGGCAUUACGGACACCAACAUGCGUGUACCAGAAGGUUGUCCUAGGAUAGAUCCGUGCCCUGCAACAGCAGCAAUUCAAACUCAGAAAUGUGAGACGGAAAAAGGUGAUGGAGACAAAAUUGCUCUAGAACGAGCGAAAAACACUCCACCAGGUCCUUUGGGCCCGGUACCAAUAGGACAAGGAGAAAAUGUUCCCUUGGAGUAUUGGACGCCUUUGGGGGGUCUAACAGGAACUCGUCCGGCAGUCGAAAACUUUUCCUUAUCACGAUUCAGUCCCAAUGAAUGGAGUGAACACAAUAAAAAACUUUCUGCUGCUUGUCAUGAUGGGAUUCAAGUGGCGACGACGGCAGGAUUUAAUGCUCUCUGUAGCAUAUCGAGAGCCUAUGCCGAAGCUGAUAGAAAUCAAAUGGACAAUAACAUACGUCUCAGCGUGAGGGCUGGUACAAUCCAUCGAUGGAAAGUAGAGCUUGAACGUAUGAUAGCAGAAAUCGUUGAAGAAAUCGACUUAGUACAAGAAGUAAGGAGAAGAACGAUGCGAGCAAAGUCUGUAUUGCAGGUAGUGGAAAAUAUUGGCAAAGACGUGAUGCGCGUACGAUGUUUUCGCAUGGAUAACGACCUCGUUCGUGAUCAGGUUUCAGAAGAAGUGAUCAAAGAAUUAUCAUUGUGCGAUGAAAUUAGAGAUGUGUACAUAAGGUUAUUAGAUCAAAUAAAAAUGCAAAUCGAAGAAUUAAUAACUGCAAAGCGGCGAGUGGAGUUUGACUGGUCGGAAAAAAAGGAAGCUUACGAAAUAGAAACGGAAUCAAGGGGACUAGGCAGCCAGUCUGAUACUAUUCUUUGGAAAACCGGAUCAGUCAGAACCCCACCGGAUCAAUCAUCGCCAUCAGGCUACGAAUAUUCAACAAAGCAAGUACUUGCCGAAGGACACAUUGCAAAGCAAAGGUCAAGCACACUGCGAGUGAACGUCGAUGCAAUGAUCGAAAAAGCAGUUCAGGAUCUUCGUGAUCAGGCGGACCGCGUGGAUCUUACAUUGACACAGCAAAUUCAGCUACACGAGCAAGCCUUGAGGCGGUUGGAGGCGGAAUUGUACAAAGACUUGCAGCAAAUCUCGGACACAGAAACUCUGAUCGAUGGGAUGCGCGAUGCAUCAAAAAAAUUGGAUGGUGCAAUGAAGUGUGCCCAGACACGGCUAGACAAAAGAUUACUUCGUCAUGGUGUUGAAAAUUGUCGUGACGUUCCUCAGUUUGGGCUUAUUGAAGAGGUGAAAUCACUUUCCGAGAGCGUGUCUGCUACUUUGGGACAGUUGAAGCGAGCAGAGGAUUCGACCAGCAGUUUGAUACAGUCAAGACGAGACAUAGAAAAAGAAAUGGUCGUAAAACGAAAAUCACUUUACGUUGAUCGUGAACGGUGUCAAUUGCUUCGGACCUUUUAUCCUUCAUCUCAAGCUCUUUCCGGUAAUUGA